GACCCUCUAGAGGACCACUCUAUCUUCUCUGGGAGUCUCUUCCAGUACUUGGAGGAGAACAAGAAAUGGAGAAACCGCUUUGUCUUUGUGGCCGACACCUACAACAUCAGCUUCCACGAGAACAAAGUGGUGAGGGUGGUCGGAAAGCUGAAACUAUCUAUUUUCUUGCUUGUUUUAUGUUUAACUUCAUAACCAGACAGAUUUCAAUGUCAGCCAGUCUGAAUCAUUUGGGUCACAACUUUAGCUGUGGGUUGAUGGUUCUGAACGGCUUGUAUGUUUUUUCACCCUCUCUCCUUGAAACUACCCCCUUCUCACUCUGUGCUCUCUGAUAGGCUCACGAGAGGGGCUUGCACCCUAAAGGAACCAUCAACUGUGCUGGAUACAAAGCUCUGACCUCCAUGGAGGAAUACCUGGAUCUGGUCAACACCAGCCUGCCAGGUGAGAGAUAUGAUUUGGUAACACCAGUUGAUUGUGUAUAAUAAAGGGCCGAUCGUGAGAAACACUGUUGGAUUGUGGUUGAACCAGCACUUCAUCCAAUGUGAGAUCAAGUACUAAAGUCCGCAGUGGCUAGCUGGGCCGUAUUCAUUAGGGGCUCUAUUCAAUCUGUAAGCAUUACAGAUUGCGCAAUAGAAAUGGAAAGGUAAUUUCCGAUUGAGCCGCAAAUGCAGUCACCGCUAAUGCUGGAAUAUUACCUUUAAAUUUCAAUCACGCUGUAACUGAACUUCCGCAAUAAGGGGUGAAUAGAGCCCUAGGGCACACUGUAGCAAACGUUUAGCAAUCAGUCCAUUUUCUUCAGUUUGGUGACUAGGGAAUAUAACCCUGAUGAUGAGGCUAUGGACACUAUAAAUGUGAAUGUGUGUGUUUUCAGGUAUAAAGGCUAAGGUGGGCAGCGGUCCAUUUGUGAAGUGUGCCACCGAGUUCCCCCUGAUCCUGUGGCACCCGUAUGCCCGCCACCACUACUUCUGCGUGCUGACAGAGAAGGAGCAGAAGAAGUGGCACGCUGUGCUCCAGGACUGUGUCAGACACAGCAACGAU